CCUGUCCGAAUGUCAGUGAAAUGAACCGUGACCAAUUCCCUUCUGUCUUUUACGGCACAGGUGUGUAGACUGCAUUUCCUAUUCGCUUUGUUUUUUUCUGGUAUCAUGUUCAAGAUGGAAUUUCUUCCGUAUUUCACAAUAGUAUGUUUCUUGUACACGGUGCAGGGUAAAACAGUUCCGGUCAAAGACAAACUGUGUCACUCGUCGUCAGAGUGCGCCAAGGACAGCUGCUGUCGGGACGAGACCGGAAGACUGGUAGACCCUUCCGGUCUUUUUGACCACGUUGGUCCCAUCACAGACGUAUUGAACGGAACCUGUGUGCCCCUACACGCCCAGUUUGACGAAAACUGCGGGGAAUUUUGUCCCUGUGAUCUUAGUCAAGGUCUUGUUUGCUACAGGACGGUGACAGAUAAUGAAUUCUCCCCGUCAGUCUGUCGACCCAAGGACGUGGUCAGCAAAUGGACGAACGAAUUCCUGGACUGUUGGAACGACCCAAAAUGUGUGCUUCCUUUGUAACUCCGGACCGUAUUUAUUCUAUUUAUAAAUAUAUUGAUAAUAUAAAAUUUUACAAUCAA